UUGAAACCAACCCUAAGCUCCUUUUAUCUCCACUCUAAAGGUAGCCCCGAUUAUUGCUGACUUAAGCAUCGGAGUGUCUACCCCGAGUUCCACCUUGGGGCUUUACAAGUCAAUCCGGAGUGCAGACGCGGACUGAAGAAGGACUUCUGGUUUGGUGCAAUUACAUUGGCACCAUCUGUGGGAAAUCGAAUAAAAAGCUUUAUUUCUAUGUUGAUCCAGUUGAUCGGAGGGAAGAAAAGAUGAGUGAAAGGCUCAUGGCUGAUUCUUUUGAGUCGCAAAAGUAGAUCUGAUGAAUUUACAGAAUGGGUUUAUUCGCUUGUAAAGAAGAGAAGCUUUCACAAGAAGAUAAAUAGAAUCCAAGAGACAAGUCCCCGACUAGGUUGCUCACAAGUAUGAAAAUCCCUCCAAUUAGUUGCUAGGGGAACAAAAGCCUAUGGUUCCAAUGCUAGAAGAAGGCUAAACAGCUAUGGCCGGGCUGACUAUGGCUAGGCUCCAUUACUCAAGCUCGACAAUGAUGAGCUGUAAGCAUCUUGCUGGAGCAUGAGCUGCAAACACCCUGCUCGAGCACAAGCUACAAAAUCUUGUUGGAGCAUGAGCUACGAAGUCCUUGCUGAAGCAUGUGCUGCGAACUUCCUGCUGGUGCACGAGCUGUGGAGUGCUAAAGUCCGAGUUGCUAAAUGCUAGAGCACGAGCUGCGAGCAUCUUGCUCAAGCACAAGCUGUGAACAUCCUGCACGAGCUGGGAACGUCCUGCUCGAGCCCGAGCUGCUCACUUCUACUCGAGCACAAGCUAUUUGUUAUGAGUUGUGGGUAACGGGCAUGUUAAGGGGGUUUACUGGGUGGCAAGCACAACCUAUGGUGGAAAAGGAGCUCGUUCAAAUGUUGGUGGACAAUCAGCUGAUGCUAGCUCAAGAUAAUUCAAAAGAGACGAGACAAGAUGAGCUCGAACUUCAUGGUAGCGACAAAGCAAUCUACCAACUCGGCAGCCUCCCACCUCGGCAGCAACAAAGCUCAAUGCCCAUCUCACCAGCAGCAAAGAAGUCUCCCAGCUCGGUGACAUGCACCGAGCAAAACCCACUAGCUGCAGAGCUCAAACACUUGCUGCCGAGGUCAAGCACAAAGUGCAGAAAUCAAACACGAGUUGCCGAGGUUAGCCACAAGCUGCAAAGGUCAAGCAUGAAGUGCAGAGCUCCAACACGAGCUUCCGAGCUCAAACACGGGCUGCAGAGGUCAAGCAUGAAGUGCAUAGCUCCAACACGAGCUUCCGAGCUCAAACACGGGCUGCAGAGGUCAAGCAUGAAGUGCAUAGCUCCAACACGAGCUUCCGAGCUCAAACACGAGCUUCCGAGCUCAAACACGAGCUUCAGAUGUCGAGAACGAAGUGCAGAGUUUAAACAUGAGCUACCGAGAUCAACCACGAGCCCUGAGGUCAACCAUGAGUUGCAAAGGUCGAGCACAAAGUGCAAGGGUCGAGCACAGAGUGCAGAGUUCCAACAUGAGCUGCUGAGGUCAACCAUGAGCUACAGAGCUCAAACACUUGCUGCCAAGUUCGAGCCUGAAGUGUAGAACUUGAGCACGAGCUGUAGAGCUCCAACACUUACUACUGAGGUUGUCAAGAAAGCAAUUAAUCUCCGCAGCAAAUUAGAGUUUUGGUCCAAGUUUGGUCCAAUCUUAUAUUAAAAUUUAUUAUUAAUUGCUUUCCGCAUUCUUUGCAUUUAUUUCACAUUUUUCCAUUCAUUCUGCACUUGUUUUUGCACUCAUGAUAUCAUUUUGCCAUCUCAUUUUUUAUAUAUCAUAAUCAUGCUACUUUGCUCAUUUGCAUUUAUGAUUAUAAAUAUCCAUUGCUAUU